UAACUGAUAUUGUUGACAGGUUUUUUAAAAACAUAAUCAAACACUUUAAGAAGAUUGUAUUUAUGGUAAAAGGAAACUGGACUAACAAUGAGGCCAAAGACUUUUCCUGCCACAACUUAUUCUGGAAAUAGCCGGCAGCGAUUGCAAGAGAUUCGCGAGGGGUUAAAGCAGCCAUCCAAGUCUUCGGCUCAGGGGUUACCCGUGGGACCAAACAGUGACACUUCCCUGGAUGCCAAAGUCCUGGGGAGCAAGGAUGCCGCCAGGCAGCAGCAGCAGCAGCAGAGAGCCACCCCGAAGUUCGGUCCUUACCAGAAAGCAUUGAGGGAAAUCAGAUAUUCCUUGUUGCCUUUUGCUAAUGAAUCAGGCACUUCCGCAGCCGCAGAAGUAAACCGGCAAAUGCUGCAGGAGCUGGUGAAUGCAGGAUGUGACCAGGAGAUGGCAGGUAGAGCACUCAAGCAGACUGGCAGCAGGAGCAUCGAAGCCGCACUCGAGUACAUCAGUAAGAUGGGCUACCUGGACCCCAGGAAUGAGCAGAUCGUGCGCGUCAUCAAGCAGACCUCCCCAGGGAAGGGCCUCGUGCCAACCCCGGUGUCGCGGAGGCCCAGCUUCGAGGGAACAAGAGACUCGUUCGUGCCCUACCACCAGCUGGGCGGCGCGGCCUAUGAGGGCCCGGGCUUCAGCGCCAGCGCCGCCAGCGCGCUGGAGGAGGUGCCGCGGCAGUACGUGGACUUCCUCUUCCCCGGAGCCGGCCCGCACGGCGUGCCUGGCCCCCAGCAUCAGCCCAAGGGUUACCCCACCAGCGCGGAGGCCGCGGGGGCGCACUUCCCAGCGCAGGGCCCGCACUACGGCCGGCCACACCUGCUGGUGCAGGGCGAGCCGCUGGGCUACGGCGUGCAGCGCACCCUGUCCUUCCAGACCAAGACGCCGCCUGAGGUGGGGGGCUAUGCCAGCCUCGCCGCCAAGGGCCAGGGGGGCCCACUCGGCGCCAGCCUUGCCUUCCCGCUCCCCGCCGCCGCCGCCCUCUACUUGCCGCACCCGCACCACAAGCAGGCCGGCCCCGCGGCCCACCAGCUGCACGUGCUGGGCGCUCGGGGCCAGGUGUUCGCCAGCGACAGCCCCCCCCAGAGCCUGCUCGCCCCUUCCAGGAACAGCCUCCAGGUGGACAUGUACGAGCUGAGCACCGGCGACGGCCUGGACACCAAGGACGAGCACCCGCUGGCCCUGGGCGGCGCCCACCCGCUGGACGCGGAGUACGGCAGCCCCGAGCGCCGGUGCCCGCCCCCGCCCUACCCGAGGCACCUGCUGCGGCACAGCAAGUCGGAGCAGUACAGCCUGGACGGCCAGGGCAGCGGGGUGGAGCAGGGCCUCCGCGGGGGCCCGGCCGCCGAGCCCGCCGACAGGGGCGACAAGAGCCUCAAGAGCGACAAGGGGGACAAAGGCGGGAAGGACAAAAAGCAGAUCCAGACCUCUCCUGUCCCUGUCCGCAAAAACAGCAGAGACGAAGAGAAGAGAGAGUCGCGCAUCAAGAGCUACUCGCCAUACGCCUUUAAGUUUUUCAUGGAGCAGCACGUGGAAAAUGUCAUAAAAACCUACCAACAGAAGGUCAACCGGCGGAUGCAGCUGGAACAGGAGAUGGCCAAAGCUGGACUCUGUGAAGCUGAGCAGGAGCAGAUGAGGAAGAUCCUUUACCAGAAGGAGUCUAAUUACAACAGGCUGAAGAGGGCCAAGAUGGACAAGUCCAUGUUUGUGAAAAUCAAAACCCUCGGGAUUGGUGCCUUUGGAGAAGUGUGCCUUGCUUGUAAGGUGGACACUCAUGCCCUGUACGCCAUGAAGACCCUGAGGAAGAAGGACGUCCUGAACCGGAAUCAGGUGGCCCACGUCAAGGCCGAGAGGGACAUCCUCGCUGAGGCAGACAAUGAGUGGGUGGUCAAACUCUACUACUCCUUCCAAGACAAAGACAGCCUGUACUUUGUGAUGGACUACAUCCCGGGGGGGGACAUGAUGAGCCUGCUGAUCCGCAUGGAGGUCUUCCCCGAGAGCCUGGCCAGGUUCUACAUCGCAGAGUUGACUCUGGCCAUUGAGAGUGUGCACAAGAUGGGCUUCAUCCACCGAGACAUCAAGCCUGACAAUAUUCUGAUAGAUCUGGAUGGUCACAUCAAACUGACAGAUUUUGGCCUCUGCACUGGAUUCAGGUGGACUCACAAUUCCAAAUACUACCAGAAAGGGAACCACAUCAGACAGGACAGCAUGGAGCCCAGCGACCUCUGGGACGAUGUGUCUAAUUGUCGAUGUGGAGAGAGGCUGAAGACCCUGGAACAGAGAGCACGGAAGCAGCAUCAGAGGUGUCUGGCACAUUCCCUGGUUGGGACCCCAAAUUACAUCGCGCCAGAGGUGCUCCUCCGCAAAGGGUACACUCAACUCUGUGACUGGUGGAGUGUUGGAGUGAUUCUCUUCGAGAUGCUGGUGGGGCAGCCACCCUUUUUGGCACCUACUCCCACGGAAACCCAGCUGAAGGUGAUAAACUGGGAGAGCACACUCCACUUUCCCUCCCAGGUCACGCUGAGCCCUGAGGCCAGGGACCUCAUCACCAGAUUGUGCUGCUCUGCAGACCACCGCCUGGGGCGGGACGGGGCCGAUGACCUGAAGGCCCACCCGUUCUUCAGCGCCAUCGACUUCUCCAGCGACAUCCGGAAACAGCCAGCGCCUUACGUUCCCACCAUCAGCCACCCCAUGGACACCUCAAAUUUUGACCCCGUAGAUGAAGAAAGCCCUUGGAACGACGCUAGCGAAGGCAGCGCCAAGGCCUGGGACACGCUUACCUCCCCCGGUAACAAGCACCCUGAGCAUGCGUUUUACGAAUUCACUUUCCGAAGGUUCUUUGAUGACAAUGGCUACCCCUUUAGAUGCCCAAAGCCUUCAGCAGCAGAAGCUUCGCAGUCUGAGAACUCAGAUCUAGAAAACUCUGAUCUGGUGGAGCAGACUGAAGGCUGCCAGCCAGUGUACGUGUAGAUGGUGGCCAAACACCACUGCUGGCCUCUCCAGAGGUCGGGCACAGCUGGUUCCUGUGUAGGCACACGGGGAGGCUGAGGGUUGCUUUGUUUUAGAUCAGUCCGUUGACCACUUGAAAUUCUGGUCUUCACUGAGAAUACCCCAAACAAACAAGAAACAUUUUAAAAAAGGACUCAAGUGUAACAAAUCUUCAUUUCUAGAUUCUGGUUGGUGGGUGGUGGGGAGGGUCAACAUUGCUAUGAAUUUGGCUUUUUUGAGGACCUUCACUGCAUUAAAACAAUAUUUUUAAAAAUUUAGUACAGUUUAGAAAGAGCACUUAUUUUGUUUAUAUCCAUUUUUUCUUACUAAAUUAUAGGGAUUAAUUUUGACAAAUCAUGCUGCUGUUAUUUUCUACAUUUGUAUUUUAUCCAUAGCACUUAUCCACAUUUAGGAAAAGACAGAAAGUGAAGAACGUGAUAAAAAUCUCUGUGCAAUAAUGUAAAAAAAAAAGAACACUCUGCUCAGAUGUCAUGGAGACCGUUUUAUCCACACAAUGGUUUUUGUUUUGUAUUUCUUCCCACAUUUCAAAAUUGUGGUAUAAUGUUAAAAGCUGCUUUUCUUUCUUUCUUUUUUUUUUUUUUUUGCAUAUUAUAGUACAGUAGAAAGUGUGAGCAAGGUGACAAUGUGGG